AUGGAUGAGUUCCGCUAUCAGGACUAUGAAAGUGCAGCGUUAAAUGACGGAAGGACGAAGCAGUAUCAUGACAAAAAAAUCUUGAAGCGGGAAUUUUACAAGGGUGAUCUUGUCCUGCUAUUUAAUUCUAGAAUGAAGCUGCCACCGGGCAAAUUAAAAUUAAGGUUGUCCGAUCCUUUUGAAGUGGUUAUUGUACCGGCUCCUACACCACCCAGUUCCUCGCACUCUGACGAGGAGGGAUCAUCUGCAUCUGGGUUCAGUGAUGGAAUCGAGGAGGAGGGUUCAGAGGCUGCUUCUGGAGAUGCCUCACCUGCCUCACAGCCAUAA